AUGGACAAUAUAUCCUUCAACACUAGGGACUGUGUGGACCAAUGGAAGUAUGUUUAUCAGAGGAUAUUUGCUCUUGAAAGAGAGCUGGGAAAGGAGGCAAUUGAAUAUUCUGACAUGAUGGAGCUGAUUGCUCAUGCUAUCCUAAUGAAAACAGUGACCAAGUUUGGAAAAUGUUAUGAAAGUCUUGUGAAAGAGUUCAUUGUCAACAUCCCUAUAGACUGUGAUGACUCCACAAGUAAGGAGUUCAAGAAAGUGUAUCUGGGUAGGAAUGAAGAGGAUCAGGAUGAUUUGGAAGCAACUAACAACCAGAUUUGUCAAAUAAUGACUGCAAACCAAGUGAGCACAUGGCCUGUGAAGCAUAAACUCACAACCAGCAAACUAAGUGUCAAGUAUGCAAUUUUGCUUAUAAUUGGAACAACAAACUGGGCUCCCACCGCUAACUCUUAUGUUGUCUUUGUAGGGUUGGGUAAAUUCAUUUAUGUUGUUGGAAGAAAGAAGGUUCUUGAUUAUGGCUCAUAUAUCUUUAAUCAAACAGUUAAGCAUGUUGGUACAUGUGCUAUUAAGAGACCUAUUGCUUUUCCCUCUCUCCUUUGUGGGAUUAUCAUUUCACAACACCCUGGGGUCCUUCGUGAUACAUACACAGUCUCCAAAAGAGAAUCUUCUCUAUCAUUUCACUCCAAGUUGUUCACUGGUAAACAUGUUCCAGACAUUGUUAUGACAUCUGUACAUUGUGUUACUAAAAGUUCCUCAAAGGCAGCAAUGAUUUGUGAACUCAUGGAAGCUUGCAAAUAUCUUGAUGAUAUUAUCCAAGAGUCGGCCCAAGCUGACAAUAAUGAUGAGGAUGAUGGAACUGAUGGAGGAGGCUCUUACCAUGAGGAAGGAAUCGCUAGAACUGAUGGUGCACAUGGUGACACUAGUUCUAGAACUUCUUAUGACUGA